CAGAGACCAAACAGGUGAAAUUUAGACUCUACACUCAGUCAAAAUGCAGACUCUACACGUCGUGUCUCUUACUCUGCUGUGUGUUCUGGCGGUCAACGCUCAGUCCAUCGGCUCUGGAAAAUGCCCACAGCCUCCUGUUCAGCAAAGCUUUGAUCCUACAAAGUAUGUGGGCAGAUGGUACGAGAUCAUGAAAAUCCCGAGCCCAUUUCAGUUAGGAGAAUGCUGUCAGGCUACAUACACUCUGAGCGACGGUAUUGUCCUGGUUAGAAACGAUGAGCUUCUUGCUGAUGGAACUGUCAGCUUCAUUGAUGGAACUGCCAAGAUUGUAGAUCCAUCAGAACCCGCUAAACUUGAAGUCAGCUUCUUUGAAAAUGCUCCUCCUGGUCCCUACUGGGUUCUGGCUACCGACUAUGACAACUACACCCUGGUUUAUGGUUGUACUGAAACUUCUGAUCUCUCUUUUGUUGAGUAUUCUUGGAUCUUGAGCAGAACCCGCACCCUUCCCAAAGAGACCAUCACUGAGCUGCUGGACAUUCUCGAAUCCAACAACAUCAAUACGGCUAUUUUCACAGAAACCGACCAAAGUCCGGACCUGUGCAGCAGCAUGCCUUAAAUGUAAAGAAACCCCUGGAGAUAUGUCUAUGUGAGAGGCAUGUUAAGGUUAGGUCAGUCAUUGGACUGUGACAUGAGAAUGUGA